ACAAAAAAAAUUGGCAAAGGUUCUGCGAAAUCGUCGUAAUCAAUCAUGUAGACCUGAGAAAAAAUGAAAAAAAAUUAACAAAUUAUGUGAAGAGUGUGGUGACUGUGGUCAUAUCUUUAACAUUAUAAACAUAGUGUAUUUUAUUCAAACUCAAAGCUGAAUCGUGAAUGGAUAAUGUUUGAGAGGGCAUUUUAUUUCCUUGUGACGUUUGCGGAUUUUCAUCGUACUUAUAUGAAUUGUAGAAUAUCGAAUUCUCGUGAACACUUCGUAUUUUUGGUCUUUGAUCAUGGCUGCCAAUUCCAGUCGAUACCACAUGGCCACGUUAAAAAUAGUUCUUGUGGGAUCAGAAGCUGUUGGCAAAACGAGCCUAUUAAUUCGCUUUCAUCAGAAUACAUUUCCUAGUCUAUAUGUCCCCACUGUGUUUGAUUCCUAUUGGAAAGAGGUUUCAGUUGAUGGUAAUGAAUAUGGUCUGCUUUUGUGGGAUAAUUCUGGUAAUGAUGACUACAUCCGUUUGCGUCCACUCUCCUAUCCCCAGACAGAUGUGUUCCUAGUCUGUUUUGACAUCAAUAACAGAGAAUCGUUUGUCCAGUUACAAAAUACAUGGCUUCCUGAGGUGAAACGGUAUCAGCAUGGAACGCCAAUAAUUAUUGUAGGCAAUAAAAUGGAUAUAAGAUCAGAAGGCCAGCUUGAGGACGCUUCAAACGACUUUGUCCUACAUGUGGAAGGCGUGCGCCUGGCUUUAAGAGAAGGUGCCAUAUAUUGUGAAAGUAGUGCAAAGGAAAAUAGAGGUGUGAGAGAGGUGUUCCAGACCGCUGUAAGGUAUUACAAUCAUCAACAACCGAGACUAACGUCUGUGGGAUGCUGCGGAUUACGACGAAAUAGAAGAUCACCUAACAUCCCAUUUCUUCCUCCCCCAUGUCCACUUCCAGUGGUAGCAAUUGAAUCGUCCUCAUUUUCAGCAAACAUGGCCAACCUUCUGGGUGAUUCAUGCUCUGGACUUGAUGUCACUUUUAUAUUUCCCGACAAGACCACGGUGGAAGCACAUCGCUUGGUCCUGUGUUGCACGUCCUCGCUAUUUCGCCGCAUGUUCCUCAGUCACCGGGCCUUAUCGAACCUCAAUGCUUCGGACCCCGAUGAAGUUGGUGGAAAAUUAACCAGUAAGGAUAUUAACGGUGGCCGCGUCGUCGGAUUCGUCCUGGUGUCUAGUGACCGAGAUGUGCCGUAUGAUUGCGUGUACUUUGAAGAGACCCUACGAAUAUUUUUAACAUUAAGUGAAGAUAUCUCGAAAAAUGCUUUUAAAAAUGUCCUCAACUUUAUGUACACAGGGAAGCUCAGUCUUUCGGCGGAAGCUGACGAGAAACAAACUGCGGCUAUUCUUGAUGUGGCGCAAACAUUUCAAAUCGAUGUCUUAACGGACUUUUUAAAAAGUGACCAGGAAGUGUCCGAACUUGAUUUGCACGACCAAUGGAAGUCCGAGUUCGUUUCGUUCAACAGCAGGUUGUUUUGCAACUCGUCGCGAUUCUCUGACGUUUCGUUUUGUGUCGAUGAGCACCCUGUCCGGGCGCAUCGUUGCGUGCUCGUUGCACAUUGUGACUUCAUGGCCGCCAUGUUAAGUGGAAACUUUCAGGAAAGCGGUCAAAACGAGAUUCCGCUGCCGUCCGUUUCACUGCACGGUUUUCUUGGAUUCCUUCAAUAUCUUUACACGGAUGAUGUGAACUUUGAGCGACACAACCCCAUCGAGGUCCUCAAGGUUGCCAAUCAGUUUUGUUCUGCGCGACUUAUUUCGCUGUGUGAGGUUUGUCUGGAGAAGAAAAUGGAGACAUCUCUGGCGAGUACAAGAAAGAAGAGUGAUAAAGUCGGAGAUCUCAUUGAGCUGAUCGUCAUCGCGCAGACUCACAAUGCUCAUCAACUAGCUUCCAAGUAUUUGUAUUAUAUUGCCAUAAAUUUCGAAGAAUUCAAAAAGAAGAAAGAAUUGGACUGUUUAUCAACGGACAACCUUGUUCUAAUCGAGCAGCAGAGGUGGCCACCCCCUUGCUAUUUAACGGAACUGAAUGCUUAUCGGAGGACACGUGACCGUGAAUCUUCGUGCAUUUUAAUGUGAAUACAUGUACGUUUGAGGAGGGGUGGCAACGGGGGUAGGAUGGGAUGGGGACGGGGGAAGUGUACAAAUCGAAUACCAUUUUCUUUUAAACACCGAUUUUUUUUUAUGUCACAAACCGUUUUUGACGAUGUGAAAUAGUUAGAGUUUAUAUUUCGUCCUUUCGGCGUGUUUGCAUGUACUCGACCAGGUCUCCUUUGGGGUUCGUUGACACUUAGUUUUGGUCUAUUGGUUCACGAAAGCUACAUAAUUUUGUGGACUUGUGGUCAAAAAAGACGAGCCGCAGUAUAGGAAUAUACAGUAGACACAUUUAAUUUCGGCUUAGUUUGUGUCAUGUUCUCAUGGAGACCUAAAAUAGUUUAAAUCAAUUUCUGUGUGGUUAAAGUCUUUAGUUAUAAUCAAAAUCUGCAAGAGUGCGAGAGGAACUGCUUACAUUGCAUUAGUACCAAAAAUAUUGAAAGUUCCUCAAAUGUUGAAAGCUACCAAAAACAUGCCGCGUUUCUUGGUCAAAGCCGAAUAAUGAUGAAAAGCAUGCAAUGAAAUUGAUUAAAAUGAAAAUAUUAUUAAAUGCUUAUACACCAAGACUAUGCAUUCGGUCUAAAUGAUUGGCUGCGAGUCUAAUCCGCUGUCAAUCAAAAGUAAAUAUUGUUAAUAUGUAACAUUUAAGAGGAGGUUUUUUAUAUAUUAUGUUGUGUAUUUU